ACACCACACGACGACAUUGCAACACGAAACAUGACGACCAGGAGAUUCGUUGGCGAGGGCAAGACAUCUCUCGAAUAUGAUGGCAAGGGCCCGCAAGAGCCCUCCAACACUUCGCCUGCGGUGCCAUCAUCCGUCAUCUGGAAGUUGAUGAGCUUCACCUUUGCCAUGAUCACGUUGCCCAUUGGCACCUACUUCUUCACCGUCAACUUUGUCUUUCAGGGCAACGCAACAUAUGCAGGAGGCCUAGCCGCACUCAUGGCGAAUGUUGUGUUAAUUGCAUAUGUUAUUAUGGCGUUCAAGGAUGACCAAGAGGAAAUGCGAGAGGAGGCGGAAAAAUCCAAGAAGCAAAUGUAGUGUCCUUGUGUUUUGGCAUGCGGAGCACAUGGAUGCUCCAAGGCAGGCCAAUACGAAGCCCGGAAGAACACUGGAAAUCAUCAGAGUCCCUUUGAGCUGCAGACGAAUGGAAGAGAGCAAUCGGGAAUAGGCUAGGGAUCAAGUCGUGAGCAUCCUGCGGUGUAGCCUUUUCGUAGUAAGGUAACCCAACGCUGAGUUCUUUGGGCCCCAUGCAAAGUCGACCUCUUUUUUGGAAUGAAAUGGUUAUUUCC